UAUCGCUUCUCAGGCGGGUCCAAGAUCAGAUGCGUAUCAUUCACAUUGAAAUGGAGAGGGGGAAAGGCACACAUUCCAAACUUCUUCUAUUUCACUACGGCUUAUCGCCUCUCUCCCUCCAUCUCCCUCUCUCCCUCUCUCCCUGUCUCUGUAGAUAUAUAGAUUUGGAUGAGAGAGAGCAAAUAUCUAUUCACGGAAUAGAACGCAGGUAGGCUUGGGUUUCGACUAAACUAAUCCAAUGGGUAUCUCCAUGAGUUUGGUUCAGAGCCUUGGAUUCACUGGAAUCAAGUCUCUUACAGCAGAUCAUGUAUUCGAUAAAUAUUUUCCCAUCAAUGAAAUUAAAACGUUUGAGGAGUUCCAUAAAAACUUUCUUAAAUUUUGCAGUGAUUUUAAUUCAGUAAUGCUUGGCAAGCAUUACAAACCACCAUCAAAUGAAGAAAUUGAGGCUUGCUAUAAGCAGUGGUCAGACUUGAAAGGUAGUGGAGAAAAAGAACUGGAACGCAAAAAGCAGCUAGUGCUUGAUCUCCUGACCAGAAAUGUGAAAGAGAUCAAGAGCGGAGAUACGAUCGUCAUGACCGGACUGGUGGUUCCACCUGCCUUGAUGGUGCUGAAGAAGUCAAGCCAGAAUGUGCCGCAGCUGAAACGGUUUCGAAUUAAUCUCGUGCCGGAUAUCGUCUUUGUUCCAACUCUGACAGUUGCUGCCCUCUUUACUGUAAAAGCGUUGCAGCUUAACUUGGGUAGCAAGACCAAGUGAUGAUGUAGUCAUUGGCAGCUAUUUAUGUUCCAUGCGAAUAUGUUAAGAAUGCUUGUAUGUGUCAUUGCUUGUUAGUGCGAUCGUCUAAAAUUGAAAUAAUGAUGCCUGCUAAGAAAGAUGUGUGCUUUGCUUUCGGGAAUGAUACUUAUGUUCUGCAGGAUGGUUAAGAAAUCUUCUAAUGAGAUGGGAUUAUCUUGCUUCCUUUAA